AUCCGUUGUGCUUAGUAUAAAUUGUUUUGGGUCAAAACAACGAUUUAUUGAUUCGCUACGUGAGGCGUAUGGUGGAGGAACAUUCCUGCUUGACCCAGACGUUACAGGAACGAUUGUGCAGCUGUAUGCACACUAUUUGAAAGAUGAUUUUGAAGAAAAGGAAAGAAAACAUGCUAUCUUUGAACCAACGUUCAUGGGGUACCAGGGAAACAAGUACUGGCUUCUUUCAAAUAAGGUACGAUAAAAUGUCUAUUUAUACGAGUUUUUGAAUUACAUAUUGGCGAUCACCAAAACUGUUUCCCUUAAAAACUGUUCGUAUAUUUAAACGUAUCUAAAAAUUAUAAAUCAUUAUCUAGAUACUUAGGAUACAUAUUUAGUUUUGUAUGUGUUUAUAUGUGAAAAAGCUGUAACGCCGAGAGUAGUGAAAUCAUGCACGUAUUAAGGCAUUAUAAAACAUUGAGCGCACAAGAGAUAUUGGGUAUGUAUAGUUCUGUACAGUACUUUGCAAAUGUUUAUAUCAUUUUAAAACAAAUUAUUAUCGUACAUAUAGUUACAGGUGGAGAAUGGCAAAAUACUCGAUCCAAUCGAUCACAAAUAUAUGGUUUUAAACGAUCACCUUAAGGAGUUCAGCCUAGAACCAAAUAGGGCUUUGCUGGAGGAUUUUGCAUACCUAAACAAUUCAAUCAAGAGGUAUGACCAUAGUGCAUCUAUCCACCGCUAGCUUGAUAUUUAUUUAAUAAUUUACAGCUAAAACAGCUUAUGUGAACAAUUAAUAUAGGCCUACUGACUUCCAAACUUAAUACAACUCGUAUGCUGUACGCUAAAACGACAUACAUAAUUAACAUUACGUUCUGCCUUAACUAAUAGGACGCGGACGUCAAAGACGACGUGGAAAUGGCGUACGUGUUGUGCCGGAUGUGCCCAUGUAUGGAUAUGCCACGCCAUUUUAAUUUCACAUCGUUUUUGACGUCAGCAAUGAAUUCAAAAGCCUAAUGGCUUAUAUGGUGUCUUAUAUAUAAUGACGUAUACUGUCUUCCUAUGGCCUUCCUGACUUCCAUGCACCUCAUAGUAACGUCGCUAUAAUUAAAGAUAAAACAGCUUGUUUCACAUUUUCUACUGUCAUAUUAUAUAAUGCUCUAAUCUCAGACCCUUUAUGUGUGAGAAACCAUUUUCCACUUCUUUCGUUCAUUAGCCAGCGCGAAAUAACGCAUGAAACAAUUAAAAUAGCGUGGAAAGGAAUUGCAAUAUAUUGCUAGUGACGUAGACAUUGGUGUUAAUCCAUGAUUAUUAUGCUUUAAAGGUUCUUUGUACUUUCUGGAGGAUAUGGGCAAAAUGCUGCAGCAUUUCAUCUGGCAACAGCAUUUACUGUUUCCAGAAUAAUAAGAAAUGCGCAUAAUCCGAAGGAUGUUUGGAGUAAGUGAAACCUAAUAUCAUAAAAAAUUAAUGUAAAACUCUUCACAAUAUAGGUAUAGUUGGGGAGAUGGCACUUGCAUGUUCCUAUAUCUAACUUCUAUAUAUACGGUUUUCACCAGAAACCAUUAAAAAAAAGCAAGUAACAAAACAAUGCAACCAAGUAUAAAAACGUGAAAGUUUUAAUGUUCCAAACUCAUGAUCCGGCUUUAUCUUUAUUUAGAGGAGAGUUCAGUCGGAAUGAUAUUCUCGCAAGCAAAGUGCGUGGGAAAGUCCCUAAGUUUGUAUCUUUUGGCUCUGGGUCAAGGGGUACCUGAACGGGUAAACCUUAUGUUCCUAAGUGGUGGAAACCAGCAGCUGUGUGGUACAUCAAUGUAAGUAUGCCACACCGAACUGAAGGCAGGUAUAUAAUAAUCUUGUUCACUCCAUAUACUACUUCUAAUAAACUAUUUUUAUUGAUAAAGAAAGAAGAUGCAGGAGAGUCUUGCAAGUACGACCGGGGUUGUCAUGAUUGACGACCCCGAAAUCAGCAAGUCGUUCUCUGAAUUCUUGCUGCAAGUCCAAGGCAGAUUAAUGUUUGGCUCCAAAACGGAAGGAAUGAGCCACCCAAAAGCAGCUACAUUAGUCUCUUCCAAUUCUCCAGAGAUGGCACGGUAAUGUUAUUAAAUUGUUUGCUAAAAGUCUAUAUCAGUAUAAUGCGAUAUAGUUAUAGGUAUCAUUGCCAUCGAUUCGACCACAAACAUUGCCAUCGAAAGCACAUAUAAGACGAAGAGAUAAUGCAGUAGGCCUAAAUUGUUUAUCGUUUUUAUAUAUAUAUAUAUAUAUAUAUAUAUAUAUAUAUAUAUAUAUAUAUAUAUAUAUAUAUAUAUAUAUAUAUAUAUAUAUAUAUAUAUAUAAUAUAUAAAUAUAUAUAUAUAUAUAUAUAUAUAUAUAUAUAUAUAUAUAUAUAUAUAUAUAUAUAUAUAUAUAUAUAUAUAUAUAUAUAUAUAUAUAUAUACAGCCGUAUGCCAUAUAUAUAUAUACUUUUUUCUAAAGGACAAUUGGAAGAGUUCUCCGGUUCAAUUACCUGCCAGCAAAUCCAGAUGGUUCCAAUCCGCAUGAUGAAAAACAACUCAAAGACUUGGAAUUGUUUAUGGAAGAUAAAAAGGUAUAUUUAAUAUACAUGUAAGAAGAUCUAGAAAAUGAGGGAUGCUCAUAGAACUAUUUUAUUGCACGUUAUAUAUUUAAGGGUGGCAAUGGACUUCUUCUUGCGUGGGCCAUCGUAUAUUUCGAUUUGUGGGAACAAGUGUUUGAGGACGCAAACGAAGUGGUCGAGAAGGUGCUUAAAGGACUCCUUCAAAAUUUAAAGUUGCAGCCAAGGUGGAUGAAAGGUGUUUCGUCGAUGAUAAUUGCCCUUACGAUGGUAUGUUGAUGUAUUGCAAGGAAUGAUUUUAAUAUCCUACUUUCAGCACUAUAAUCAAUCAUUAACCUGCAUACAUUGUUUUUAUAUUCUUAUUUAUAUAGUUACGAUUGUCAUGUGGAAAAACACCAGGCAUUUGCGAUUAUGUUUUGUUUACAUGUCAAGAGAUAACCGAAUCAGAGAUUGCCGGACCUUCUGCGAUGCAAAAGUUGGAAAAAAAUAUCGUAAAGAAAAUAAGGAAACAAUCUGAUCCGGUAGGUUUACCUUUCAAUUGUUAUGUCUACAUGAAUUUAGGGGUUUAAUUAUUUUAAAAUGGAUACGAGUUCAAAUAUACGUUAAGUCCAGUUCACACGAGCGAGAUAAGAAUACACUGCACAUCAUCCCUAUUAGUUUUACCUUUUUUCUCUCCUCGUGCUUGUCGGGUACCUCACCCCGGCCUGUGAACUGGACUUUAUAGAACAUGCAUGGGAUGAAUCAGAACUUCUAUUCGCCCGAAGGCUAAGGUAUUGGACAUCAUUUGACAGUUGUCAAAUCAAAAAUAUAUUACAUUACCUCAUCUCUCCGAUGAAUGCGUCUCCCCAAUUUAAACCCCAUCAUCGCGAUCUACUGUUCAGAAAAUAUGAUUUUUAGAUUCUUACAUGGUUGCACCCAAGUGUAACAGUCCAUGAUGUGGCUGGAAAUAAAGUUCCUGGCAUCGCAAUUAUCACGUCAGUUGUCGAUGCUUUUCCUGACGUUUCAAACAGUGUAAGUAUGAAUUGAAUACUGAUUCCUGUUGUUGUAGGAUAAUAAUUGCAAAACAAUUGAUACGAAUUUUAAUUUCUAAUAAUUAAACCUUGGCUUACGCAAAAAUAUUCAAAGAUAUAUAUUUACUAUUACGUAAGGCCCGUUUCAAACUUCUGAUUUGCCAAAUGCAUUAAUAAAUUAAAAAUUCAGUAGAUAAUCAGUUGAGAAGCCUCAUUGUCUAUUGUUGUUAACGCGUUCGGCACACAUGAGAAGUACGAGGUUUGAAACAGGCACAAGCUUGACAAAGCUAUAUGUAUUGCUACGGAAUAGUUAUAGAUUAAUUACCAAAUUAUAUAGUGCAGCUUUCGUUUUUGAAGCCUUCUGACACUUGUGUAUCUUUCAAACAGGAAUUUAAAGAGGAACAGAGGAAACAAACCCAAAAUCCAGUCUCCAUUGGAGUGUAUUUCAAUGCAAAUGGAGAUGGGACGCUCGACGAUAUGGUAAAAAGAAGAGGGACCUGUCAGCGGAGAGCGUACAGAAUCCCUUCGAGUGCCUUGUCUUCUUACACUAGGCACGUUAUUGAAUUUG